CUCACUUGUGAGUUCUACCGACCCCCCCCCCCAUCAAAGCACUCUAGAAGAAAAUGGCCAGAAGUGAAGUCAUGGUUUUAGGAUUUUUCUUCAUGGCUGUCCUGAUGAGCCCUCAGGAAUCAUGGGCUAUCAAAGAGGACCAUACCAUCAUCCAGGCAGAAUUCUAUCUGCACCCUGACGAAUUAGGAGAGUUUAUGUUUGACUUUGACGGUGAUGAGAUUUUACAUGUGGAUUCGAAAAUUAAGGAGACGGUCUGGAGGCUUAAAGAAUUCGGACAAUUUGCCAGCUUUGAGGCUCAGGGUGCAUUGGCCAAUCUAGCUGUGGACAAAGCCAACCUAGACAUCAUGAUGAAGCGCUCCAACAACACUUGGGACUCCAAUGUACCUCCAGAAGUGACAGUGCUCUCCAGUGGUCCUGUGGAACUGGGAGAGCCCAAUAUCCUGAUUUGCUUCAUCGACAAGUUCUCCCCUCCAGUGGUCAAUGUCAGAUGGCUUAAAAAUGGACAGCCUGUCACCACAGGAGUGUCAGAGACAGUCUUUCUACCCAGGAAAGACCAACUUUUCCGCAAGUUUCACUAUCUCCCUUUCUUGCCCUCCAAUGAAGACUUCUAUGACUGCGAGGUGGACCACUUGGGUUUGGAGAGACCUCUUCUCAAACACUGGGCGUUUGAAGAGCAAACUUCACUACCAGAAACUAAAGAGAAUGUGGUGUGUGCCCUGGGCCUGCUUGUGGGUCUAGUGGGCAUCAUCAUGGGGACCAUCUUCAUUAUCAAGGGCACGCAAAAAAGCCAUACAGGAGAACGCCGAGGGCCCCUGUGAGACAAGUGAAGGUGAUGACCUUUCUUAGAAGUCAAUGAAGAAGUUUCUGCUUUACUAGCUUUCCAAAGCUGAUGAUACCAGUGUUCACCUCUGUGAAAAGAGCCAUAUUCAGCCCUAAAUUUCAAGACUGUGAUGGCUUUCCUCCACCUCUCUGUAUUCUAAUGGCCUGCUGGGCUUCCUUGUCUAUUGCCCCUUCCCUCUAUUUCCCAUUGUUAUAUUGGCACAAUGCAAUUCCUCUGGCAUGAAUCCUGUAGGAUUCUAUCUCUACAAUAAAACAUUCUUAACAUUGCAUAGA